UUCAAGUCUUUGGUUUGAAGAUGAAGAUUCUGAUAACAUUACUCUUUAGUAGCGUACUAGUUUUGUCUAUAAUGUUGUUAUCAUCCUCAAACAACAUCAAGAACCAACUUCUUGAUGCUAUAUCCACCGUUUCAAAGGAAACCGAAACACCAAUAGAUAAACUAUUGGGAGGGCUUUUAACCGCGGAUUUCGAUGAAGGUUCUUGCUUGAGUAGGUACCAUAAAUCUUCGUUGUAUCGCCAUCCUUCGCCAUACAAACCAUCCGAAUAUCUCAUCUCUAAGCUUAGAAGCUACGAGGUCCUUCACAAGCGUUGCGGUCCAGACACAAAAGCCUACAAGGAAGCAAUAGAGAAUCUUGCUCGCGAUGAGAAUUACGCAGGCAACUCCGUUGGUGAAUGCAGAUACAUGGUGUGGAUCGCGGGUUACGGGCUUGGAAACAGAAUGCUUACUAUGGCUUCUGCGUUUCUCUACGCUCUCUUAACAGAGAGAGUCAUUCUUGUUGACAACCGCAAGGACGUUAGUGAUAUCUUAUGCGAGCCGUUUCCAGGUACUUCUUGGUUGCUUCCUCUCGACUUUCCCUUGAUGAAUGGUUCUUACCGGUUAGACAAGGGAUAUGCUCGUUGUUACGGAACAAUGUUGAACAAUCAUGCCAUCAACUCGACUUUGAUCCCGCAGCAUCUAUAUCUUCAUAACCUCCAUGAUUCAAGGGAUGAAGAUAAGAUGUUUUUCUGUGAGAAGGAUCAAAGUUUGAUUAACAAGGUCCCUUGGUUGAUUGUUCAAGCCAAUGUCUACUUUAUUCCAUCUCUAUGGUUUAAUCCAACAUUCCAACUCGAACUAAAGAAGCUGUUCCCGGAGAAAGAUACCGUGUUUCACCUUUUGUCUUGGUAUCUUUUUCACCCGACCAAUCAAGUUUGGGGUAUGGUCACAAGGUACUACCGUGCCCACUUAUCCAGAGCAGACGAGACGCUCGGGAUUCAAAUACGGGUUUUCAGAAAGGACGCUGGUUAUUUCCAACACGUCAUGGACCAGAUCGUAGGUUGUACACAAAGAGAGAAACUCUUGCCUGAGUUGUCUACACAAGAAGAGCCACAAGUCAAUAAUACAUCGAACAUCUCGAAACUUAAAGCUGUUCUUGUCACAUCUCUGUAUCCAGAGUACUCUGACAACUUAAAGAACAUGUUUUGGGAGAGGCCAAGUUCGACAGGAGAGAUGGUUGAAGUUAAUCAACCGAGUGGAGAAAGGGUUCAGCAAACAGACAAGAAGCUUCACGACCAAAAGGCGCUUGCUGAGAUAUAUCUACUUAGCCUAACCGAUAAGAUUGUCACAAGCGCAAGGUCUACAUUUGGAUAUGUUGCUUAUAGUAUUGGAGGAUUAAAGCCAUGGUUACUUUAUCAGCCAAGGGAUCUUACAACUCCUGAUCCGCCGUGUGUUCGGUCCACGUCGAUGGAGCCUUGUUACCUUACUCCUCCUUCUCAUGGAUGUGAAGCUGACUGGGGGAAAAACUCGGGGGAGGUUUUUCCUUUUGUUAAGCAUUGUGAGGAUCUUGUGGAUGACGGGCUCAAGGUAUAUGAUGAGUUAUAG